UCAACCAUCGACGCGUAGCGAUAGUUACGUAGCUGCGGUGGCUUUGUUACAAAAGUUUAUGAAAAAUAAUACAAAAACAAAUUAGCACUAAGCCACGCAAUUAAAGUCAUCUUAGAAACGAACAAGUCUUUCUAACAAAUUGUGAUAACAAAACAACAGAAAAAUGCUGCCACACAUAAGUGCUGAAGAGAACAUUCCACCCGUGGGACGAAAAGUGUAUAUAAAUCCCAAUUUUCAUAGUCAAGUGGCGAGUGCGCUGCAGCCUCAAGGCCGUCAAAGUCAUGCGCCUGAAACAUGGGAGCGACCAGCCAUACAUAUAAAUCCGUAUUUUCUGCAGCGACAGCGCGAAUAUCAGCUGCUGCAGAUGCAACAGCUUCAACAACAAUCGCAUCAGCCACAUCUACAACAGCAACAACCUCAACAGAUACAACAACCACAACAAGUAACAUAUUAUCAGCAAACUGUUGCUUUAGAAUUGGCGCCGCCUCCUCCCGCGAAAAUCAUAAGUAAAGCAAGCACUUGCCUAGUGCGCAAACAGCCUGUAAAGACGCCACCCUUUCAACGACGUGUGCAACCGCCCUUGGUAAGCAUAACCAAGCGAAAACUCGUUAGACAAAGUGCACCCUUAGUAAAACCAGCAUUACUCGCAACUGCCAAGCCCACAACUACAGUAGUAACUGCUGCAAAGCGUACCAAAUACAAACUAGUGCGAGCUAUAUCCCUAACAGCACACCGUAGUACACCCUUGGUCAAGAAACGGAGAACUAAAGACUUUGUGGCGCGCUAUGCACUGAGACGCACCAAUGAUACAAUUACUGGCAAAAAAUUGAGCUUAAAAAAAUCGCAUGUGUUAAGGCCCAGCGUCAACAAAUCGCUCAGCAUGGUGAGCAUACAUGGCGUAAUGUACAAGAAGACAGCCAAGAACAAGCUGACCAAACUAGAUCCCAACGUCUCAGCGAAAAACUCAGUGCCAGCUCAGCUGCAGAAGGCAACUAGCUCGGUUGGUCGUACGUUGUUUGUGCGUGGCACCAAAUUCGUGUUGGAUCCUUCUGGCUGCCGUUUGACCCGUGUGCCCGCUCAUAGCUCGCAGUUGAUUGUAAACAAAAGCUUGCGUCGGCGUAUUGAUAUCGGCGGCUUGACAUAUGUAUCCUCGCCGAAGGCACAAAAUGUUUUCAUACGCACCAGCAAUCAUGUGUCGCGUGCCCAUUUAAUGACUGCCAAGCAGCGUAGUCUUCAGGUGCUGAAUCGCUCGCUGGUGAAGACAAAUGUGCCAUGUGCAAUAUAUCAAAGACUGGGAAAGUGUGCGGCUCAUAGUCGUGGAAAGUGUCGGCGACUGCACGACAAACGACAGGUGGCCAUCUGUCCAAGUUUUCUACGAGGUGGGUGCACCAAGAAAGAGUGUCUGCUUUCGCAUAAUGUGACGCUUGAGAAAAUGCCUGUGUGUCGCUACUUUUUACGUGGCGUUUGUGUGCGUGAAGAUUGUCCGUAUCUGCAUAAGAAACUGAGCCGUAAGGCCGAGAUAUGCAUUGACUUUCUACGUGGCUAUUGCGCGCGAGCCGCUGAUUGCAAUAUGCGACAUGAGUUUGUGUGCCCGGAAUAUGCGCGUAGAGGCAAGUGCGAGCUAACCAACUGCAUUUACUGCAAGCAAAUGAAACAGCAAACAAAAUUAGCUGCAGUGCGAUGUGCACCUAAACCUAAACCCAAACCCAAAUCCAAAUCACACUCCGUUCCAGCUAUUGAGACUGCAGCAGAUGAAUUGCCCAGUAGCUCGCGCUAUUUCGUUUGCGAAAAUGAUAAGUUUCAGGUGGAAGCGGCAAGUCAGGAAAAGGAUGAUGAGCAGAUAGAUGAGGCUGAGUUGGAUGCAGAUGCAUCAUCCAGCAGCAGUGGAUUGCGUCAGAGACCUAAACUAGGCCAGCUACCCGCAUUUAUACCAUUGGGUGGCGGCGAGGAGUGAACCAGACGACUGCCUAGGAAAAAU